AUGCACGACCUAAAGACCUUGUAUUUGCAAAAUAUACCAAGUCGUCCUAGAAGCAAAGCAAAUUUCACGAGGUUACUACUGAAGCAUUUGAAUCCUAAAAAUGAAUACGUCAAAAAUCCAAGGUUGCCGCUGCCCAAAAAUGAAACCGUAGGAAACUCAAAGUUACAGCUAUUAGAUACGACGAACAAUAUUGUUGCGGUAUCACUGUCAAGAUCGUUGAAGUUGAGAAAUCAGUGUUUCAUCACGUUCAUUAAUCAUGCAGCUGCUCAGAGAUUUGUGGAGACCUUUGGUUCAAAAUUAAUGAUUGGUGGGCGCAAAAUUGAUAUUCACUUUUCCAAUAAAGACUCACUGCUGGGCUUAGCCCUCGAAGAUGGCGCUGCAUUAGAUAGAGCAUUAAAAACAAAACAAUUGAAAAGAAAGUUGGCCAGCGAUAGCACCAAAAGGGAACAGCAUCUUUUGAAAAGGCGAUUACGAAGACUGAGAUUUAAUCUACGAAGCAAAGGAUUGGAUGAAAAUACGAUCGGACAAAUAUGUGAAGCUGUAAAGGCCACAAAAAAACAAAACAUCACCGCCAAAUCUAUAUCCAGGAAUAAAGUGACAAACAGAAAACUAGGCCAAGGUACAACGAAGCUACCAGCUAGUGCUACAUCGGCAAAUCCACCAAACAAGAUCUUGUUGAUACAGAAUCUUCCACCUGACACAACCACCGAGGCAUUAAAAGACGUCUUUCAGGGCGAAAACCUUGUUGAAAUUAGACUGGUAAAUGUACGCAGAGUCGCUUUUGUGGAGUAUCAACAAAUUGAUGAUGCGAAGAGCAUCAAAGACUCCUUGGGCGAUACCUGCCGCUUCCAAAAUAGCGAUAUCUCAAUCGGUUUUGCCAAAUGA